GUGGUCGCCAUUCUGUAUCCGAGCUGUAUGCUCGAUGCGGACCCCGCUGAGCCAAAAUGGCUUCAGUUUCACAGCCUCCGCAAACAGCGGCUUCCUGUGAAUGGGAACUCGGUUAAAAAAGACUAAAUAAACAGGCCUUACCUGAUUCCUGUAUAUCAUACUCGCCGACAACGCGUUAUAAAUCAUAUUUACCUCGCUAAAAAACAAUUGGAAACAAUUUUAUAUCUGAUAAACUCUUUGGAAACGUGCACACCUUUGCUUAGAUCAUACUUUAUUGAUGUAACUAAUAUAUUUAAUGUGUAUUUUGCGGAGUGGGUUUGCUGGGAACGAGGUACGUCUGUCUUAGCGAGAUCGAGCUAGAGAGAGCGAGAGUGUUUAGUUGGGCCGGUUCGGCCGGGUUCGUUUUUGCAAGCCAAGGUAUCAGUCAAGUUUUAAUUUAAAUAGUUUUAUUUCACCUUAUUGUCGUGCUACGCAAAUCCUCGGGCAGGCGGAUAAGUGUUUAGAGGCGUCUGGCUUUUCAGGCGCCUGUUCAGAGGCCCGAGUUGUUUCACCCGGCGGUCUGGCUAAACGGGAUGGGCGACAGUCGAGACUCUAGAAGUCCAGACAGUUCUUCGGUCAGCUCUCCUGCAGCCCAGCGCAGUCCCCCCCUGCCCCCUCUCCCCCCUGCUGCCAUGACCUCAUCGCUGAACUCUCCAAUCAGCAGCCUGGGGUCUCCCUUCUCUGUUAUCAGCUCCUCCAUGUGCUCCCCCAGCCUACCAAGCACCCCCUCUGUCGGCUAUGGACCCAUCAGCAGCCCCCAGAUUAACUCCACAGUCAGCAUGUCGGGGCUCCACACUGUCAGCAGCUCGGACGACGUGAAGCCCCCCUUCGGACUCAAGGGCAUGCCGGCGCACAGCCCGGGACCCAUGAUGUCACAGAAACGACUCUGCGCGAUCUGUGGGGACAGGUCCUCGGGUAAGCACUACGGGGUGUACAGCUGCGAGGGCUGUAAGGGUUUCUUCAAGCGCACAGUGCGGAAGGACCUCACGUACACCUGCAGAGACAACAAGGACUGCCUGGUGGACAAGCGGCAGAGGAACCGGUGCCAGUACUGCCGCUACCAGAAGUGCCUGGCUAUGGGCAUGAAGAGGGAAGUUGUCCAAGAUGAACGACAGCGCACUGUGCAGGAGGAGAGGCAGCGCAAUAAGGAGAAGGAGGGCGAGGUGGAGUCCACCAGCGGAGUGAACGAGGAGAUGCCGGUGGAGAAGAUCCUGGAUGCAGAGAUGGCCGUGGAGCAGAAAACAGAGCUGCACGCCGACGGCACAGCCAGCACGGCAAACUCUCCCAAUGACCCCGUCACUAAUAUCUGCCAGGCUGCUGACAAGCAGCUCUUCACCCUGGUGGAGUGGGCCAAGAGGAUCCCUCACUUCUCAGAGCUGCCGCUGGACGACCAGGUCAUCCUGCUCAGAGCAGGCUGGAACGAGUUGCUCAUUGCCUCGUUCUCUCAUCGCUCCAUCACUGUGAAGGAUGGUAUCUUGCUGGCGACGGGUUUGCACGUGCAUCGGAACAGUGCGCACAGCGCUGGAGUGGGGGCCAUCUUUGACAGGGUGCUGACUGAGCUCGUCUCCAAGAUGAGAGACAUGCAGAUGGACAAGACGGAGCUAGGCUGCCUGCGAGCCAUCAUACUGUUCAACCCAGAUGCGAAGGGGCUAUCUAACCCCAGUGAGGUGGAGCUGCUGAGAGAGAAGGUCUACGCCUCCCUGGAGUCCUACUGCAAGCAGAGAUACCCAGACCAGCAGGGCAGGUUUGCUAAGCUCCUCCUCCGCCUGCCAGCGCUGCGCUCGAUUGGUCUGAAAUGCCUGGAGCACCUGUUCUUCUUCAAGCUGAUUGGAGACACUCCCAUUGACACCUUCCUCAUGGAGAUGCUGGAGGCACCGCACCAGCUCACGUAGAGGAGAGAGUGAGAGAGACUGUCAUUCAGGGCUGGACAUGACGGAGCUCCAGCAGUCAACCAAGACUAAAGGAGUUGCAGCUCACAAAAGAUUGCUUACACCUGUUUUGCAUCUCCAUUGCAGGGCUUGAAACUCCUGCACCCAGUCCUGAGGUUCAGAACUCCCCUCAAUGAAGUCUAUUACUGAAAUGAUCAGGAGCCAGGAGUUUGAGCAAGGUUAGAAACUCACACUAGCCCUACUGUACCCAGUCCUGGGUUUCAGAACUCAAUAAGUAUAUUAAUAUGAUCAGUAGUUUGAUGUUAAAUUGUUCUAGUAACCCUACAGACUCACAGAUGAGACAUAUUGAUGCUGUGAUGAGAAUCGGUUCAUUCACAGCAGAUUUACCAGGGGCCUUAUUUCUCAACCUCCUGCACCUACCUGCUCAUUUCAAUGAUAAACCUGAGCAAGGGGAGCGCAUUCGCUACAUGACUCUCAGAUGGACUGUUUUGAAACAAACACGUGUCACAGAAAACCUGUAUUUCCAUUUUAAAAUGUCUGAUACAACACUAAGUUGAAACGAGUCUGUGUUUGCGUGCCUUGGACUCAGGAAAUCUCUUACACUUGCACCUCUUCGGUCAGCAGUGUCUUUGGGUUACUGGCUUGGGGGAGGAUCAUUUGUCACCCUGACCAAGGAAGUGCAACACUAUCCAAAAGCAGCAAGGCUUGUGCAAACAGAUUUCUUCUCCCUACAGUAGUAGCUGAUGUUUUGCAAUGAAAGUCCAUGUUUACUGGAAUGCGUGUUUCUUCAGAGCUGCACGUUUCAGACCUGUGGAACGAAUCCAGGUGCAAAACAAAAUUGUUUUGUCAGCUCCAAUCACUUUCAACACAAAAGAUCUGCCAGAGACUUCCCAAGAGGAAUAUCAACAAGCAACCUUAUUCUUCAGAAAUGGAGAGAGAGAGAGGAAAGAGAAGGGGAGGAAAGAGGAGGGUCCUUGCAAUGUGGAGUUAGAACAACUUCCCCAUCAUUUGUAUUUGCAUUGUAUUUUUUAAAGCAAGCUUGCAAAAUGGACAUGGCAACAUUACAAUUUUUUAAUGAAAAUAAAGAUCAGAGUGGGAUUGUUAGCAAUAUUAUACACAGGCUUAUUUUAAAGAAGAAACAAGAUUAACAAGAUGCAGUGUUGGAUGGAUUGCCUGCGAUGCUCAGUUCAGUCCUGGUCUGAAUGGCACUGCGAAGAUCAUCCAUUUACAUGAAAUAAAAAUAACCCUGGGAAUAGAGAGUGCGCUUCUGUGGCAGUGUUAUUAAUGCAGAAGAGUCAAAGCUUUUCUCUGAGACUGGACUUCACAAGAAAGUCAAGACAAGAUGGGUGUUGCUUGCAAUAACAGAUGGAAUUGCCCACAUUUUAUAUGCAAUAAAAACAGCAGUCAUUUUAUAUUAAAGAAAGACUUAAAAUAAUGUGAUGUGGAGACAUUUUGUAGAAGACUUUAAACAAAACCGAGAGACUAACAGUGUGGAGCUGUUCUUGUGAGAUUUGACCGUGCUGGGAACUCAAACGCGUGCAGUAAGCUGCAUUGACAACCACGAUUUACACAUGGUUUAGUUUUUCUUUUCUUUUUUUUCUUAAACAAUUAGAGGAAACGUAUAAACUUUGCUUGAGAAUAUCCUUGAGGAACCUGUGUUCUCAGUUAAGAUUUUCACAAUGAAAUGCUUGUUUUCGAUUUUACCCCCCAAGCAAUACUAAAAAAAGGUUGAACUUCUAUUAAAUAAACUGCAGUUUGGACUGCACUUUGGGUUUGAUUUUUAUUCAUCAGAACAAAGUUUAUGAACGAGAGGAGGCCAUUCAGCCCAUCGGAGCUCGUCCAGUACCUAGUAGCCGAUUCAUUUCAAAAGGAUCCCAGAGAUUCAGCAUCAAUUACAUGACUCGGUAACCCUUGGAAACCCAUUCCAUCCUCUCGCCACUCUCUGUGAUACAACGCAUUCUCCUUUUAUCAACUAAACAAUAAGGGUCCUGUGUGAAAAACACAUUUGGAAAUCAAAAGCAGUGAUGAUUGAAACCAGUCAUCUGUUCAACCAUGUGAAAGAACUUGUUUGAAUUGAUUAUAUAUAUAGGUUUUCAAUGCAGUCGAUGUAUUUUCUAUCAACGUUUCCUGUUCAGUACAGUGACUGCCCGUGUGUGGUUUGUACCAGUAUUGCUUAGAAAAAUCCACCUUUUAUUAUUUCAGUUUGAAAUGUUUGUUUGAAUGGAUCAAAACGGAAACUUGCAUUGAAGCAAUCCCUCUUUAAAAAUAACAAAGAAAAGGAAUGAGAGAACGUGAGAGAUGGAUUGAAACGCACUCCAGAAAGAAAUGAAAUUGGACGAGAAAUACUAAUACUAAUAAAAUAAAAUGAAAGCAGUUUCUGGAAAGGAGAGAGAGAAGAAAGAGAUCUUGUUAAACAAAACAUAUCAAGGACAAUGAAUGAAGAAGAAUCUAUUGCAAAACAAACCAGCGUCUAAAGAAAGAAAACGUGUAACUAACUAUAAUGAUGACUAAUUCUUGCUUUCUAUCCUCAAAUCCACUUGGCUUCUGCGACCCUCCUUUUCAUAUCUUAAUUUUGGGAAAGGAUGUUUGGAAAUUGAUUUUUAAGAAAUCUGAUAGGCAUCUAACUGUACUGCUCCUUGUACUAUGAAUAUUAUUAUUAUUAUUAUUAUCAUGAUUACUGCUGCUGCUGCUGCUUUCUGUGAAUGGGCAUUUUGGUGUCUUUUCUCUUUUUUUAGUUGUCUUGGUUUUAUUGUUUUUGUUAAUUCUCUUUUUUGUGGACUAGUGCAUAUUUGAAUUGUAUUUCUUUGGCUUGAAUACCUGUACAAUGUACCAUCCAAUUAUAACAUCACUUGCUUCCUGAAAACUCUG